GCAAGACGUACGAGAAGGCACAACUGAAUCGUGGCCGAGUCCUAUAUAAUGCGGCAGUGCGGGAGCGCUGGUAGCUGAAGCACACACGAGCUAGUACACUGAAGGACAGCAUGAAGACGCUAGCCUUGGUCAUCGUGGCUGCGCUCACCCUCAUCGCCCAUGGCGUGGCGCAGGAGUGCGGCAACCAGAACGGCGGCGCGCUGUGCCCCAGCAACCUGUGCUGCAGCAGGUCGGGUCGCUGCGGCCUCGGCAGGGACUUCUGCGGCGACGGCUGCCAGAGCGGCGCGUGCUGCCCCAGCCGGCGCUGCGGCAGCUUCCAGACCUGCGACGCCAACCAGUGCUGCAGCGCGCAAGGGUUCUGCGGCCUGGGCAGGCAGUACUGCGGCGCCGGCUGCCAGAACGGGGCCUGCUGGGGCGACGUGAGGUGCACCGUGCAGACCCCCAACCCCAACAACCUCUGCUGCAGUAGCUCGGGGUUCUUCGGCCUCGGCCCCGAGUACUGCGGCGCUGGCUGCCAGGCCGGCGCUUGCUGCGGUGGAGCUAGCACCGCCAUGGCCGACGUCUUCAACCACACAGCUGCUUCUGCAGCGACGCUGCUGUCUUCAGUGGUGUAGGCGGCAGUGAACGGGUUGUACUACUGUAUGCUGCGAUGCGACUGCGACUAUGCAUGUCCACUACUGCGUGCCUAAUAAUAAAUAAGCCAGGAUGAUGCUCGUCAUCGGCGUAUAUGUUGUGUAUGUAUGCAUGGAUGUUUCGGGCCUGCUAUAUAUGUAUAUUGUUUAUGAAUAAAAUCCUUGUGUUUUGAAAAAAGCA